CGAGUACCUGCGUGGAUUUGCUAGUUACUAUUAGGCAGUUGUGUAGUUGGACGCUUCAGUUCGAGCGUGGUGGUGGAAGUAGCGGCAACUCCAGGAAGGUGCAACUUGUAAGUCGGCGUCGUGGUUUGACUGGGCGAGUCGACUUUCUACAAGAUGAAAGCCGAGAUAUCUUAGAAUAUAGAAGUACGAAGAUGGGUACGAAGAUGAAGAAUGCGAGUAUUUGUAGUGGUACACAAAAAGAUGGAGAAGCGGAAGUAGUUCAAGCUCCAUAUGAAAAAGGAACAAGCCAGGAGGAGGCGAAAAAUACGAAAGUCCUUGGUCCACAACAAGCACUCACGACUCAAGCACCUGCUAGAAGUGCUCAAAGUCCAACCACCGCUGCUGCAGCGGCAGUAGACUCCACCCUGUCUGUUGCGGAACGGAUGGCCAUUAUUUUGACACAAAAGGAGGACUUUAAAGCAGAUCCCCUUUUUGAAUACGAUAGUGAAGAGCCAACCCCUGCCAUCCAAGACAUGCUACGCUCCUUAGGCGUAGCACGGACACUUCUUUUACGGGUACUUAACUACGUUAGCCCAAGCCCAUCUUUGAAGAAGCCAUCAUUUAUUUUCCCGGCAGUUUGGGCUGUUGUUGCCUCUAAUUGUUGAGUGGCUCACGUCUGCGGACACUGGCUUGAC